AUGUCGGGGAGAUCGCAUUCAACACCGGAAGCUGACGCAACACCACCACCACCGCCACAGCAUGCCGUCCACCAUUUCACAAUCCGUGCCACGUUGGUAGGGUUGGUGAUUGGCAGUAUUAUGUGUUUCUCCAACAUGUAUUUUGGACUUCAAACGGGAUGGAUAUCCAUGAUGUCGUUGCAGGCGUCGUUGCUUGGCUAUGCAGUAUUCAAACCCUUUCGAUCAAAACUCGCUCGUCCCUUUGGCCCUGUGGAAAAUGUGGUUCUUCAAACGACUGCCGUUGCAACAGCUACCAUGCCAUUAGCUGCUGGCUUUGUCGGCAUCAUUCCUGCACUCGGUUUAUUGACAUCGGAUGAUCAUUCUGAAGGUCCUAUUGUGUUAUCAGGUUGGCAGUUGGUACUUUGGUCACUUGGCGUUGCUUUCUUUGGUGUAUUCUUUGCUGUUCCUUUGCGCAAGCAAACCAUCAUUCGUGAGAAACUUCGAUUUCCAUCAGGGACAGCAACCGCUGAAAUGAUCUCUUUGCUUCAUCAACCUGCAACAUCCGAAAAGAUACAACAAAACACCAAUCUACGCCGUCGACAUGCACCUCAAAGUGAACAAGAAGAUCAACCUUUGUUAUCUUCACCAUCUUCUACAUCAUCCUAUUCACCACCACCACCAGUUUCCAAUUCACCUUCCAAUGUCGCACUAGCCUCACUUUCACACGACCAUCAUUCAACAAAUGAUUCAUUGCAACAAGAACGACAUCAAGAGCAACACAUUUCUGAAGAAAGCUGGAGCUUGAAGCUGCAUGCCUUGAUCAUUUCAUUCAGCUUGUCAUCUGCAUACACGUUGCUUUCCUAUUUCUUCCCCAUCAUCUAUACACUACCGCUCUUCAAUUGGUUAUCGCUCAACACCAUUGAUUUCAUGGGAUGGGAAUGGUACUUUACACCGAGUCUUAGCUAUGUUGGCCAAGGCAUCAUCAUGGGUCUUCCUACCACUCUUUCCAUGUUGCUUGGAUGUGUCAUUGGUUGGGGAAUCUUAUCACCCAUUGCUUACUAUGCAGGAUGGGCACCAGGACCCGUUUCGGAUUGGAAGACGGGAUCGAAAGGCUGGAUCCUUUGGAUAUCUCUUGGUGUAAUGGUGGCAGAAUCAAUCGUAUCUCUUGGUGUUGUCCUUGUUCGUUCGAUUAUCAAGUGGAUGAAGCCUUCCAAAGAACAAUCUUCACAAGCACAUUAUCAGCGAUUACGCCAAGACAAUGAAAGUCUCGAAGCCGAGGAGGAAAUUGAACGUGAUACAUUUGAGUAUGAUGAAGAGGAAACAGAUGCGCCAGCUGAACAACGUGUCAAGAUAUCUACCACCUUGAUCGGCUUGUUGGGAUCCACAAUACUUUGCAUCUUUGCAGUGAGCGUCGUGUUCGGUAUCCAUGUGUUGCCGAUUGGAAUGGCGUUUUUGGCAGUGGCAGUGGCAAUGUUUUUGAGUGUGCUUGCCGUGCGUGCUUUGGGAGAAACCGAUCUCAAUCCGGUCAGCGGUAUUGGAAAGAUCAGCCAAGUCAUCUUCGCUCUUAUUAUGCCUGGUGGCAUUGCCGCAAAUCUGAUUGCGGGUGGCAUAGCUGAAGCAGGUGCUCAGCAAGCUGGUGAUUUGAUGCAAGAUCUGAAAACGGGCCAUCUACUAGAAGCAUCACCUAAAGCACAGUUCUAUGGACAAUUGAUUGGCUCCUUUGUCAGCGCCUUUGUUGCAACAGGUGCAUACAAGCUGUACACCACCGUGUAUCAAAUUCCAGGCCCUGAAUUUCCAGUUCCCACAGCUCAUGUAUGGUUGGAUAUGUCGAGAUUGGUGAAUGGUCAACCACUCCCUCCUCACGUGAGCGAGUUUGUCUUGGUGUUUUCAUUGUUGUUUGCAGCUCUUGUUCUUGCCAAGGAGGUGGGACCAUCCAAUCAACAGCAUACGGGAUGGCGUCGCUAUAUACCACAAGGAAUCGCAUUUGCUAUUGGCAUGUACAAUCCUCCAAGCUUUACGUUGGCUCGUGUUAUCGGUGGUUAUUUAUGCCAUGUUUGGAAUCGAUACUGCGACCAGGCAUCGCCAUCAGCCGCAGAGCAAGACAAUUCAUUCUUUGGAAAGUAUCGCCACAAGGUGGGCAAGGUCUUUAUUAUCAUUGUUGCAAGCGGAUUCGUAUUGGGAGAAGGCACGUUCGCGAUCGUUAAUCUGGUUUUGCGUGCUUGCAAUGUACCACACUUUUAA